GAACGAAGAAGUGUUAGUGUCGGGGGAUUGAUUAAUCAAGUUCCUCACCAUUCCUUUCGUGGUGCAGUAGCUGUGCACCAAAUUGACAGUAGUAUGAUUUCAAGUGGAGCAAAGCAAUUGCAGUUGCAGUUGCACAAUAUUCACUAUCCGCGUCCCUUGCUCUUCCCUUCUCAUAAUCUUCCAAAACCCCCAAUUUCAGUGAGAUGCCACAGUGUCUCUUCUCCAUUCUCCAUUCGUUUACAUUCACAUUUCCAAUACCAAAGCCCCAAGCUUCCACUCAAAUGUGCAUCGCUCCACUCUUCCGAUUCCCUCCCACCCGAUCCCCCCAUUCACUCCUCCGACCCCACCCAGAUGACAGAGCAAAAUUCAACGUCUAUUCUGGAGAUCCUCAAGCAAUCAAAUUCAUAUCUGCCUCAUGUACUCCUUGCUAGUAUAUUGCUAGCUCUAAUCUACCCCCGUUCUUUAACAUGGUUUACCAGCAGAUACUAUGCACCUGCACUAGGGUUUUUGAUGUUUGCAGUUGGGGUUAAUUCAAAUGAAAGUGAUUUCGUUGAGGCAUUUAAGAGGCCAGCAGAACUUGUCACUGGUUAUAUUGGUCAGUUUGCUGUGAAGCCUCUUCUUGGAUAUCUCUUUUGCAUAAUUUCAGUAAGUGUACUUGGCCUACCUACAGCAAUAGGUGCGGGAAUUGUAUUGGUGGCUUGUGUUAGUGGUGCCCAGCUCUCAAGUUAUGCUACAUUCCUGACAGAUCCACAAAUGGCACCAUUAAGCAUAGUUAUGACAUCACUAUCCACUGCUUCUGCAGUUUUUGUCACCCCACUCUUAUUACUGUUCCUCAUCGGGAAGAGAUUGCCUAUAGAUGUAAAAGGAAUGGUGUAUAGCAUUACACAGAUUGUGGUGGUACCUAUUGCUGUUGGCCUGCUUCUAAAUCGUUUCUUUCCUCGUAUUUGCAAUCUUAUUCGACCAUUCUUGCCUCCACUAUCAGUACUGGUGGCUGCUGUCUGUGCUGGAGCACCACUUGCCUUUAAUGUUGAGACUAUCAAAUCUCCCUUGGGAAUUGCUAUCUUGUUGCUUGUUGUUGCUUUUCAUUUGUCAUCUUUUAUAGCUGGCUAUAUCCUCAGUGGAUUUAUCUUCCGUGAUUCUCACGAUGCAAAGGCACUCCAACGAACAAUUUCCUUUGAAACAGGAAUGCAAAGUAGCCUGCUUGCUCUGGCUCUUGCUAAUAAAUUCUUUGAAGAUCCAGCGGUGGCUAUUCCUCCUGCAAUUUCUACUUCAAUUAUGUCUUUGAUGGGAUUUGCUCUUGUCCUGAUUUGGACUAGAAGAGGAAAGAGUGGGAUAAAACACAGCACCUGAAAGGUGUGGAUAUAGGGGUAUGCUGCACAUUGGUCCAUCUUGUAUCGUAGCGUGCGUUGGUACUGCAUUGCUUCCUAUGCUUCCUAUUCUUGGAUAAAACCCUGAUUGUUUUAGAUAUUUGGUACCUCAAAAGCAAUUUUUGUGAUCAAUAAAAUCCAGUGCAUC